GUGUGGCGCAGGCGCAGUGUAAACGUCCAGGCCAUGCUGUCAUUACUGGCGAUGUACUCUUAAAUUUCCUUAUCAGCGUUCACAGAUACUCCGAGCACAUGAACACACUACGGUCGUCGAUUAUAAGGAACCUGGGAUAGAAGAGGAUAAAUCGUGUUACUGGAAAUAUCUUGAGCCAAGAAACUUCAAGUGGCGAUGCGGUCUGUGAGGUCAGCGGCGGCUCUGGGGUCAGUGCAGACCUGACGCCGCUUCAAGCCACAGAGGCAGCCGCUCCGUCCGCGCCGGCGCUCGAACCCUGAGGCAGUACCGCCCGAGAGCAGCAGCCCCGACCCCCGGACACCAGUCUGCGCGUUACGGGCUCAGCCAGAGCAGCCGACCGGCCCGCCAGAGAGAGACCCGGAGAGAGCAGCCAUGGCGCCAGCCGUCGGGGGACCCGUGGGCUACACGCCGCCCGAGGGCGGCUGGGGCUGGGCGGUGGUGGUGGGAGCCUUCAUCUCCAUCGGCUUCUCCUACGCCUUCCCCAAAUCCAUCACCGUCUUCUUCAAGGAGAUCGAGGUCAUCUUCAACGCCACCAGCAGCCAGGUGUCCUGGAUCUCCUCCAUCAUGCUGGCGGUCAUGUACGGCGGGGGACCAAUCAGCAGCAUCCUGGUGAAUAAGUACGGCAGCCGGCCAAUCAUGAUGAUCGGGGGGUGCCUGUCGGGCUGCGGACUGGUGGCGGCCUCCUUCUGCAACACGGUGGAGGGGCUGUACUUCUGUGUGGGAGUGAUCGGAGGUCUGGGCCUGGCCUUCAACCUGAACCCCGCCCUGACCAUGAUCGGGAAGUACUUCUACAAGAGGCGCCCCAUCGCCAACGGCAUCGCCAUGGCGGGCAGCCCCGUCUUCCUGUCCACGCUGGCGCCGCUCAACAGCUGGUUCUUCGACCAGUUCGGCUGGCGGGGCAGCUUCCUCAUCCUGGGGGGCCUGCUGCUCAACUGCUGCGUGGCGGGGUCCCUGAUGCGCCCCAUCGGGCCCAAGCCCCAGCCGCCCGCCCCCGUGGAGGCGGCCAAGGGGCGGGCGGCGCCCGAGCCCCACCGCACGGUCAUGCAGCGGAUCAACGCCAUCAUCGACCUCACCCUCUUCACGCACCGCGGCUUCCUGCUCUACCUGCUGGGCAACGUCAUCAUGUUCUUCGGCCUCUUCACCCCGCUGGUCUUCCUCAGCAACUACGCCAAGAGCAAGGACAUCUCCAAGGAGAAGGCGGCCUUCCUGCUGUCGGUGCUGGCGUUCGUGGACAUGGUGGCGCGGCCGUCCAUGGGCCUGGUUGCCAACACGCGGCUGGUGCGCCCCCGGAUCCAGUACUUCUUCGCCGCGUCGGUGCUCUACAACGGCGUGUGCCACGUGCUGGCGCCGCUGUCGGUGGACUACACGGGCUUCGUGGUCUACGCCAUCUUCUUCGGCUUCGCCUUCGGCUGGCUCAGCUCGGUGCUGUUCGAGACGCUCAUGGACCUGGUGGGCGCGCAGAGGUUCUCCAGCGCCGUGGGCCUGGUCACCAUCGUGGAGUGCGGCCCGGUGCUGCUGGGCCCCCCCAUGCUGGGCCGGCUGAACGACAUCUACCACGACUACAAGUACACGUACCAGGCCUGCGGGAUCAUCCUGCUGGUGGCCAGCGUCUUCCUGUUCGUGGGCAUGGGCAUCAACUACCGGCUGCUGGAGAAGGAGAGGAAGGCCGAGGAGAGGAAGGCCAAGACGGAGCCCAGGGACCCGGACGCGGCGGUGCCUCUGACCUCCGCCGGCGCGUCCAAAAUGGCGGAAGACACGGUGUAGCGGCCCCGCCCCCCCCCCCCGCGGGCCGCGGAGGGAAGGGGGCGGGCGUUUCUCUCCCGUCCCCGCCCCUUCCGUCCACACCGAGCGCGUGUACUGUACUAGAUAUUACCAGGAAAUGUAGCCCCAAACGGGUUUGGCAGAGAGCAGUAUUUAUUCAGGAAGAGGUGACCAUGCCCCCACUCCCCUGUCCCACCGCUGUCCCUCUUACCAGCAUUCCCCCCCGAAUCGCCCCCAUCAUCCCCACAAAAGUCUGCCAGGCUGAAGCCCAGCGUUCUCCGCGCGUUGCCUGAACGUUGCCGCUGUGUGAAGGUGUGUUCUUCCUCACGCUCCGCCAGCGUUGUGAGAACGCUGUGCUUCAGCCCUGAGGCUCAGCUCAGCUUCUGCACACAGCGGCUCGGGUCACUCAGGGUCCAGAGAGAAAUUCCAACCUGGGGGGGGGGGGGGG